AUUACAUCGAAAAGCAUCCCAUCGACUCGGAUGAGAACGAGCUAUUCUACAAUGGAAAAGCACACUCCGUAUCAUGGCUCUAUUCCUGCCACGAUAUUUACCUGCUUCUUGCAACUGCCUCUAGAAAUGCGCCGCGAGAUAUGGCGUCAGACCAUUCCAACACUGCCCCGCUUUAUUCCACACUCACCUCACCAACAACUCGCUCGCGCGGAUCCAGAUCGUGGCAUAUACUUCUGCAUCAACAGAGAAUCUCGAAGCGUCUACCUCGAGAUAUACACUUCAAUCACGUCCCAGCUUAGGAUCAGUAGCAUUCGAGGCGGCUUGGAGUCCACUUCCCCUCACGCGAACCUCGAGCACGAUAUACUAUACCUCCGCCAUGAUGCAUAUAUCGGAAAGCUCUUGCAGUGUAAAUUUAAGCCUGAGAUGAUGGACGGGAUAAGACAUGUAGCUAUUGAGGAAGAACUCUUUAGGGAAUGUAUACCGGACUUUUGGGGAGACAUUCUACUCGCUUUCGAUUUCGUCAAAUACAUACAUAGUUUUGAGAGGCUGGACACUUUGACCAUUGUGGAGAUCGAUCAUGUGGUCAAAAUGUCAUUGAAUGGCGAUUUAAUUGCGUACUACGUGGAGCUUGAGAAACAGAGGAACUUGGCUGGUCGAGAGAUGGCCUUUAUGGGCUGUGAAGGCAAAACGGAGAUCAUGAGCUGGUGGACGAAGAUGCUGGAAAAGAGUCCCGAUUGGAAGGCUCCAGACCUAAGAUUCAUGAGAAUCGGACCAACAUUGAAAGCACCGUCUUGACGUUUUCUUAAAGAGAUAUCUAUCAAUCAAUACCACAACGUCUAAAUACGACAUAAUUUAUUGUCAACUUCCGCCCAAUUCUCAUU